AUGACAGAACUUGGUAACCUUGAUCCAGACUCGUCGCGUCGCAUUUCCCGCUCAGGAGACCAUGGCCUUGGCAGUCAACAUCAAGAUGAAACGGCACCCACGCAAAACAUCAACGAGCCCGAAAUCGACUACCCAGAAGGACUCAAACUUUGGCUCAUCAUGCUCUCAGUAACCACUGUUCUCAUCUUAAGCAGUGUGGACAUGAACAUAGUAGCAACUGCAGUCCCGAGCAUAACAGAUCACUUCCACACUGUAGCCCACAUCGGCUGGUACUCAUCCGCCUUCAGACUUUGCGUCUGCGCAUUCCAAUUCAUCUUUGGGAAAGCAUACAAACUCUUCUCUGUCAAGCGGGUGUUCCUCCUCGCAAAUGCGAUAACUAUAGCAGGAUCGAUCCUGUCUGGUGCAGCUGCUAUGUCUACUAUGCUUGUGGCGGGUCGAGCUGUUUCUGGCCUCGGUGCUGCAGGUUUGUUCGCGGGUUGUUUUGUCAUCGUGGUGCAGUCAACGCCUUUACGUCAAAGACCUAUGUUUCUGGGUAUCAUGGGCGCGGCUGAAGGUCUUGCGACAAUUGCUGCGCCGCUCCUUGGGGGUGCUCUCCAGACAUUGAGUUGGCGAUGGUGCUUUUAUGCCAACGCACCAAUUGGAUUCAUCGCGUUCUUGGUCUCUACGCUCUGCUUGUCUGAUAUUCAGAAGCCUAUUGAGACAGCUCGGUUGACCACGAAAGAAAAGAUAGCCCAGCUUGACCUGAUUAGUAACGUGCUACUUCUGCCAGCGCUCACGAGCCUCUUCCUCGCCUUUUCUUGGGCUGGCACAAAGUAUUCGUGGAAAAGCGGCGAGGUUAUUGGACCCCUUGCUACGUUUGCUAUUCUCUCCAUCGCAUUCAUCCUCAAUCAGGCCCGUAAAGGCGAGACAGCGGCUCUCCCUCCUCGCUUGAUGAAGCAUCGCAGCGUGGUAGCUGGUUUCAUCUUCAUGUUCUGCAUCAACAGCACCGGUGUAGUGCUCGAGUACUAUCUACCUACCUACUAUCAGCUUGUGCGUGGAUACACACCUGUCAAGAGUGGCUACAUGAUACUUCCCAUCAUCAUCACGGCAACUAUAGGAUCUCUCAUUCACGGAGCUGGCACGAGCGUAUUUGGCUACUAUACUCCAUUCAUGAUAUUGGCUUCAGUAAUCAUGCCAAUAGCGAUUGGUCUCAUUACAACGUUCGAGAUCGACACGAGCAUGGACCGACUUAUUUCUUAUACAGCAUUGUCGGGGUUGGCAUAUGGGAUAGGUUUCAUUGGUCCUCAAACAGCUGUACAAACCAUUUUACCUGCUGAGGAUGUCCCCCUAGGGCUGUCAAUCAUGUUAUUCGCACAAUCCUUUGGUCCGGCCGUAACAGUUCCCAUGGCGCAAGUACUGUUUACAAACCAAUUGUCAACCAACCUGGAAGGGCUGGCACCAGGCUUGAGUCAUCGAAAUAUCAGCAACAGUGGACUUUCCGAAAUGGUAGCAAGCGUACCGGCUUCAGACACAACAACAGUACUUAUUGCGGUCAACAAGAGUCUCAACCAGACGUUCUACUUUAUCACCGGACUGGCCUCGGUAGCUAUAGUGGGAAGUUUGUCCACCAAAUGGCAAUCUGUUAAACGGUAG